CUUUGAAUGCAUAUCUCCCAUGCGGCUGCGCUACCUGAUGAUUAUGCUGGUUCAGCAUGAAACAGCAUUGACAGCGCACAGCUAAAAUGUGCACAUGCACAUACGGUGACGCUUUUCCAAUCGACGCGACGACGACCACUUCUUGAAAAAUGCCUCAAGAAUUUCAUGUUAUACGAUGUUUCGCAUGUCUAGUAUUUCAAGUCCAUCAAGUGGGGAAGAAGCCAAAAUGGCAAUGCAAGAUGUGUGGAGAAAAGCAGUCUGUGAGAAAGGUUUAUGGAAGAGGAUCCGGCAAGGAAUGCAGGUUGCUGGUGCAGUCUCUCAACAUGACUGCAGGCCAGAUGGCGGAUGAAGACACCACUAAUUGUCAGCCCACCUUCUCUGGCCACCCGGGUGAAGAAAUAGAAAUAUUGCAGACGAAUGAAAACACACCAGACAUUGAUGAGUGCCCAAAAUCAUCAUCAUCCAAGUGGAACAGAUUCUGUGAGGAAGAACCUGAUGAAUCCAACAUCUCAGAAGAGGAUGGAUGCCAAGGACUUGCAAUUCCAUCAGAACUGGUAACUACUGAAAGACCCUCCCAAUUCAAGAGGAAGAAGAGUCGAAACAGCUUCAACACGGGUCACUUGAGCAAGCGCAUCAGACAGGACAGAAAUACUGAUCGGGAAACACUGCCAGAGGCUAACCACCAGGAGAAUGGCCCGUACCCUGGAUGCUCUUCUCAUGAAACAGUAAAGAUGCCCAGCUGGGACAGACACUUCUCUUUGAACAAUGUGAGACAAAGGAACCAGGAUAUCUAUCCUCCAAACAUCAGACCAACAAACUUGAUCAACCCGGAGAGGGACUCUAUUACCCAACAGCAUGGUGAAACAUUUAUUCCUGAUCAAGUGACCACCAAGUCUAGUGAGACUGCACGUGGACCUCUCUGUAUGCAACAAAAUGCUGGUGCUAAUGUCUCUCUGAACAUCAGUAAGAAGGAUAACAAGCAGCACUGCGAGGAUAUGACUAUUACAUCUGCUUCACAUUAUGAGUCUGCCAAAGUGAAUGAGAAACAAAAAACAAAAAAGUCCUCUGCAGCAAGUGUAUCUUCAAACAGCAAGUGGGCUGUGUUUGCAGAACCUGAUUCCGAUAAUGAUGAUGGAGAUGACUUUGGAGAAGAGGCAACACUUGACGUUGACAUUUGUUUUGAAAGGAAAAGUUGUGAGGAUGUAAAUGGUGACGCAUUUGAAGAGUUUUCAACCCAAGAGCAUGUCAGUGAACCAAAUUUGUCGAUCAGUAACAGGAGAUUGAGUGGUAUAGGCACAAACCACUUGGGUGACCUGCAUGAAAAUCAGCCCCUUGAGAGCAGAAAUUUAAGACUGAGUACCAUGAAUGACAACAUUCAUAAGUAUCCAGAUUCUCAUCAAAAUAAGAAAAUGGAGGAAAAAGGUUGGUUCGGUCCUCCUGUUGGUCAUCCCAUUGCAAGAAGACCUCAGAGUCAUAUGUUUAACAAUAUCCAGAAUUCAAUUAAAUCUUCCAGUGAAUCCAGAAAACCCCUUGUUCCCCAAGUACGUCAAACCAAUACUGAUUCCGCGCUUCAUCUUUCAGCUAGAGAAGCAGGGAUAUCCCACAACGUUGACCAGAGGCACAUGCUCUCGAGGCAAUCUUUUCAAUUAGCUGAUGAAGAUUUAGAAGAUCUGCCAGAUGACUUUGAUGUUUGGUAAUGGACAACAGGGCUUUGGUGCUUUCUUCAGCAUAAUGG